UUGACAGAACCCGUUUUAAUCGAACAAAAUGCAAUCGACAACAAUUUUAGUGGUUUUGGGCGUGUUCAUAGCUGGUAUAUAUUUUUUCGCGUGUUAUUUUUCAAAAAAACAGAAACUUUUGCGGUUCCACGCAUCGAAACUCGAAGGCCCCCUAGCCUUACCCCUGAUCGGAAGUGCUUACUAUUUUUUGGGUAGCAACGAAAGUAUAAUUGACAAUGUUAUCCACUUGAUAAAAAAAUACAAAUCGCCCUGGAAAAUUUGGUUGGGGCGGCAGUUGUACAUUGUCGUGACUGGACCCGAAGACAUUGAAAUUGUCUUAAAUAAAGCUCUGGAAAAGGCGGAAAGUUACCAAUAUUUGUCGAGUCUACUGCAAGAGGGGCUUUUCAUAGGUCCAGUCGAAAAGUGGAAAAGGCAUCGGAAAGUCGUUUUAAGCACUUUCAGUAUGCCAAUUUUGAAAAGUUAUGUUGAAGUUUUUUCGCAAAAUUCAUUAAGGGUGGUGCCAAAGUUGGAUAAGUUUGUCGGGAAGGGAACAUUUGAUGUUUUUCCAAUUUUGACCAAUACCGCCCUGGAAAUUACUUGUGAGACAGCAAUGGGGACUAAAAUUUACGAACAGACACAUUCAGACUACGCUCAAAACUUGUCAAAAGUCUUAGAACUGGUUUUCGUGAGGAUAAUCCAUUAUUGGUUGCAUCCAAAUUUCGUCUGGCGCCUGAGCAACUACUCAAAACAGUUGAAACAACUGUCAAAUCAACUCCAAAUUUUUGUUCAAAAUAUUGUCACUGAGAAGAAAUCCCAAUAUCGGGACCACAAAAACGAUCUAUUUUUCUCAGAGGCAAAAACAAGGAAAUGUUUCAUUGACCACUUAAUCCAAAUGUCUGAAGAUGAUAACUGGCACGAUCAAGAGCUUUUGGAAGAGGCCCAGACUAUGGUAGUUGCGGGAAGCGAGUCUUUAGGGUCCGUCAAAAGCUUUACUUUGAUUAUGUUAGGAAUGCACCCUUUGAUACAGGACAAAGUUUACGAGGAAAUCUACGAUAUUUUCGGUAAUAGUGACAGAACCGUCACUGCUGAUGACUUGACAGAAAUGACAUAUUUGGAAAUGGUCAUCAAAGAAACCUUACGGUUAUUUCCAGUGACGCCGGUGGUGGGGAGACGUGUCAACCAGAAUAUAGUAACUGACAGAUACACACUACCCGAAGGUAGCGAAUGUAUAAUCAGCAUUCUGUACCUACAUAGACACCCCAAAAUUUGGACCAAACCUCUCGAAUUCAACCCUAAUAGGUUCCUCCCCGAAGAGGUGUCCAAACGCCACCCUUACUCCUACUUACCUUUCAGUGGUGGCCCCAGAAACUGCAUCGGCUUCAAAUACGCCAUGAUGGCCAUAAAAACCGUAAUUUCGACGAUAAUCCUCCGCUACAGGAUUUCAACCGACUUCAAGUCUGUCUCCGAAAUCGAAUUCUCACCUGGAGUGGUCUCGAAAGCGAAAAAGGGCUAUUUGAUAAAACUGAAAUCCAGGUGUUAAUAUUUUAAUGUACAUAGAUUAUAAAUAAAAUUAAUACAAAUUCUA